AUGGAUCCUCUUACCAAGUUACGCAAGCGUCUCAGCUUGGUCACAAGAAGAAAUUCAACUGCAACUAAGAAUCUCGCCGGCAAGCGACAAAGUCGAGCUAUUUCUACCACCUCGGAAGUCGCGUCCGCCCAACCUGCAACCAACAUCCCAACUCAAGAAGUUCGCGUUACCACCCCAACAACCGUUCCUCCAAGAGCAAGUUUGAUCGAUCUCGCUAAGACAAUCACGGAAGAGACAGAGAAAUUGGAGAGAUACAUGAAGGAAAGUGGAAGUGCGGCACCAUCUUUUGACGUUGACGUCCCUCUUGCCUUUCCCAACUUGCCAGAGGAAAUCAAGAAGGCUAGAGAAAAUGUCGUUAGAGCUACGAAGGAAUUGGGUGACUUGGUUACCGGACCAAAAGAAAGUAUUCGGUGGAUGGCUUGGAACGUAAGUUCAAUAGAUCAAGCUAUGGGAUUUGUGACAUUUACUGAUCUUCCGUCCAGUUCAACGACCAGCUUUCACUUCAAGCAAUAAACCAUUACAAGAUUGGUAAGAAGGAUACUCUUUUUGUACUACAAAACACUAAUUUUAUAUAGCGAAAGCAUUCCCAAUCCAUGAGACAGCUACAUAUGCUGAGAUUGCCGAGAAGGUCGGAUUGGAUGAGGUGAACGUUCGUCGAUUCAUGCGGCAUGCAAUGACGAACCGAAUCUUCCGAGAGGUCAAUCCUGACGUUGUGGCACAUACAGCUGCAAGUAGGGUUCUGGCUGAGGAUGAUGCUAUGGGUGAUUGGGUUGGCUUCACUACCGACGAUAUCUUCCCUGUAAGUAAGACUGCGAUCAAUUGGCAACCGAUAUCUCGGUAUCACUUUCUCACUCAACCCCUUUUUGGGGACCACAUCGGGCAUAAUGGUACCGAGUAACCUUUUCUUAAGCAUUGCAAACUGACUUGUUUGAUAAUCAUAGGCCGCCUCAAAAGUCAUCUCAGCCCUCACUGAACAUCCCUCUGCCUCUGAGCCAACACAAGCUGGUUUCCAAGCCGCAAAUGGCACCACUAAUAUUGAGCCAAUGUUCGUAACAUUUGGCAAAGACCCACUCCGAGCAAAGCGAAUGGGCGGAGCCAUGACAUCUCUCACCGGUGGCGAAGGCUAUGAAAUCUCCUACCUCCUCAAGAACUACAAUUGGGCAUCGCUCAAUGAACACCAUGCCACAAUCGUCGACCUAGGCGGUUCUCACGGCUUCGUUUGUCGCGCGCUCGCAGAACACUACCCCAACCUAAAAUUCAUAGUUCAAGACCUCCAAAAGACAAUCGACUCAGCACCGAAACUCAAAGAGCCCCUCGCUUCAAGAAUCAAAUACCAAUCGCAUGACUUCUUCACCACUCAACCCGUAAAGGACGCUGAUGUCUAUUUCUUCCGCUGGAUCUUUCAUAAUCAUUCUGACAAGUAUGCUGCGAAGAUCUUGAAGAGUUUGAUUCCGGCAAUGAAGAAGGGUGCCAAGGUUCUGAUUAAUGAUCAUUGCCUAAGAGAUGGAUUCGGAAAGGAGACAUUUUGGGAUGAGAAGAUUAUUCGGACUAUGGAUUUGGUGAUGCUGACGUUGCUCAAUGCGACGGAGAGAAGUGAAGGCCAGUAUGAGAAGUUGUUUGAGAGUGUGGAGGGAUUUAGGUUCGGGGGUGUUAGGAGAGUUGAGGGAUGUAGAAUGAGUGUUGUUGAGGCUGUGUGGGACGGAGAGGAUUAUGGUGGUGAGAUAGCAAAGGUUACCGAGUGAGAACCCGAUUUGGUGGUUCUAGAUGACCUGGAUAAUGGUUGUUCCCUUGGGGUGUAGUGGAUGAUUACGGAUUGUCGACAUCAUCGUGUAUGUCCUUAGAGGCUAGGUACUUCUAGUUAGCAGGGUA